AUGUCAUCACUUUUUUCCCAUAGGACACACAUGGGAAAUGCUGAAGAGGAGAUGUUAAUGGCAGAAGACCAUGGGCCUGAUUUGGUUAAUUCUCAGGAUCUUAGGAGGCAAUGCAGCAUCAACAGAAGCAGUUCAGCAGUUCACUGUGAGGAGCAGGAGAGAGAACAUCUGAUAGCCCAUGAGAGUCUGGAUUAUUUGCCUUCACACAGUAAAGUUUAUAAGAAGUGGCUACAAGAGAAAACAUACAGAAAAGAGUGGGACCGAUGGCUGCUGAUGGGCCUAAUCGGAACAGCAGUUGGGAUGCUGGGGUUUUUGGUUCAUCAGAUAAUUGACUCUCUCAUCAAAUUGAAAUGGGACCUGGUGGAAAAAUACCUGCAGGAUGGCAACAUCCACAUGACCUGGCUGUGUGUGCUUGCGUCUGGGCUGGCCAUGGUGGUUCUCUCUUCAGGCUCAGUGCUGUUCUUUUGCCCCACAGGUUCACCAUCUGGCUUGCCGGAAAUCAUUGGGUAUUUGAAUGGCACUUCUAUUCAACAUCUUUUUAACAUUAAGACCUUUCUCGGGACAUUUGUCUCAUGCGUGCUGGCUGUAGCCUCUGGGCUCUUCUGUGGACCAGAAGGUCCCAUGAUCCAUUUGGGUGCUCUCCUGGGUUGUGGCCUGAGCCAGCUGCAGUCAGACACCCUUGGCGUGCACCUCCCGAUCUUCACCAGGUUUCGGAAUUCAGCUGAUAAGCGCAGUUUCAUUACAGCUGGUGCAGGAGCAGGCAUAGCUUCAGUAUUUCGUGCCCCCAUCGGUGGGCUCUUGUUCACGUUUGAAGAAGUGUCUUCGUUCUGGGACAUCAGGCUGGCCUGGCAAACCUUCUUCUGCUGCUUGAUGGCUACCUUCACCACGGAUUUACUGUCCUCUUCUCUCUAUGGGUUCGUUUACAGAGGUCACUUUGGAUUUUUUGAAGCAGAGAAAAGAAUUAUAUUUUGGGUUAAGAACUUGCUGGACUUGAACGUCUUGGCUUUCAUUCCAGCCAUCCUCCUUGGAAUGCUUGGAGGUCUUCUGGGAGCUCUCUUUGUUUCCCUAAAUAUAAAGAUCAAUAAAUUACGUAUGCAGUUCUUUAAUUCAAUUCCAAAAUUAUCCCUUAGAAAAGCAAGCAAGCUGUUGGAAACUGUGCUCAUCCUUGUAUGUACGACGACUGUUACAGUAUACUUACCGUAUUUCUUUCCUUGCACUCCAGUCACAAGCGUGAGAAACAAUUCCGAAAUCAUAAAUCAGUUCAAGAGGGAAAUUUCAGAAUAUAGCUGUUCAUCAAGCACAUGGAUCCAUCCAGAUGGAAUCAGUUAUUCUAAUCAAACCUUCAAUCAAGCUGCUGCACUUCUAGUUGAAAAUGGGAAGCAAGGGAUCACGUAUCUUUUUAAACGUGGGACUCAUGAAGAAUUUGGAUACACAUCCCUCUGCACUGCUUUGGCAUUUUAUUUCAUCCUCAGCUGUUGGACGGCAGGUUCUGCUGUUGCCAGUGGUGUGGUUAUUCCUAUGCUGUACACAGGAGCUUUAUAUGGCAGGAUAAUCGGUUUGAUCCUUGUUUCCAUUUUUGGUGUUCAAACGAAUGGAUAUGGAGCAUGGAUUGAUCCAGGUCUCUUUGCUGCCAUUGGAGCUGCCUCCUUUUUCAGCGGUGUGUCAAGACUAACCAUCUCCCUCACUGUGAUAAUGGUAGAGAUCACAAAUGAUGUCCAGUCCUUGCUACUGAUAAUGCUGGCUGUCAUGGUGGCCAAGAUGGUUGGUGAUUUGUUCAACGCAUCCCUGUAUAGCUCUCUCCUAAAGUUGAAAUGCAUUCCCUACUUGGAUGUGGAACCUUUUGUUCAUCACAGGAGAAAAUGGUUGAACCUGGAAUUGUUCUCUGCCAGGGAUGUCAUGGAGCCUGGCGUCAGAGUCCUUCACCUGAAGGAAAACAUUGCCUCCUUGGCUCGGCUUCUUGCAAGUACAAGCCAUGGCGGAUUCCCAGUGGUUUGCAGGCCUAAGCCAGAACAUCCAGAGGUGCUCCAGGGAACUAUUAAAAGGUUUGAGCUGUGCAUGCUGCUGGAGAAUGAGCACAUCUUUGAACCAGAGACAAAUGAUGAGUCUUUCUCCUCCUCUCAUCUUCUCUCCUAUGAGAAGAUAACAGUGGAGAAGCUGCCCAAUCCGUCGCGCCUAACCACGCUGCUGAAUCGCUACACUACAGAUCCCCGGUAUCAGCAACUCUUCAUCAAUCUGGAGCCGUACAUAAACAAAUCUGCAAUGUCAGUCCAAGCUCAUUUCUCGCUGCAACGCACCUACAUCAUCUUUCGCACCCUGGGGCUGCGCCACCUCACUGUUGUUGACCCGCAGAACCAAGUGGUUGGGGUGAUCACCAGGAAGGACCUGAUGCCUUUCCCACUGCAGGAGAGGCUCAGGCUCCAGCUGGCACCACAGAGCCCUGAUGCGGGAAAAAAUAAUCAGAGCUUUUCCACUUGAUCCCUUCUGGAGAAGAGAUGCUUAAAAGCUGUUGUAUCUAGACAUUCGGGAUUUUAGCCCAGAGCUUUGUCUCUUCAGCUGUUUGGUGAUUGAAAAAUUCAUUAAUUGAAAUGCUUUUGACACAAAAUAAGAAUUAAUAUGUUUAUCAAAGAUGUACAUAAAAUCAGAGGUGAAGGAUGGAUGUUAAGAAUGCUUUUGUCACACUGUGUCUAUGCCUCCCAAUGAAAAAAUCUCAUAAUCAUUAGCAGCAGUUACACUGGCAAAGCCUUUCAGUGAGGACUAAAUCUUCAACCUCUGAGUAUCUGCAUGUUAAAAAGGAAAAUGUUUACAUAUCAGCUUUUUUAUGUUGAAAUAUGUUUACCUGAGAGGAAGUACUACUUUGAGAGAGGUGGGCAGCUGAAAGGAACAAGGGAUUUGCCUUUCUAAUUGGCCUAUCUGUAUUAGAAAUUGAAAGGGAGAAUUGUGUAUAAGAGAAAGAUACUGACUGUGGGGCUCCUGCCAAGUUCCCAUCAUGUUUCUCAUUGACAGAGACUUGACAUGCUUUUCUGUUGCCCACAUUUCUUUCAAUUUCUGCAGCUCCUAGAAUAGGCUCUCUUUCUCUCUUUCCACCUGAUACAAUAACAUUUUAAGUUAAGUAAGUUCAUAUGCGGUGAGGUAUGGGGAAAUUCUAAUAAUGGAGAAGCAACAUGAUAAACUGUGGGAGUAGUUCUUGUGUAUACAGCAGCAUAUUUACAAACUGAGCACAAAUUAAAUCAUCAUUAUU